AAAGGCCAAAUUUAAGUGAGAGAAAGACAGUGUGGAACUGACUUUACGUACGUUCAACAAACCUCACCUCACCUCACCUCCUCCAACUGUUUAACUCCUCCCCCCCCUUAUUUAGCAUGUCCUCACUUUACAAUGGUCUCUGUUUUCCUCCUCUGCAUUCUCUCUCUCUCUCUCUCUCUCUCUCUCAAAUUUACAGCCAUCCGUCUUCAUAUAUAGACUGUAGACAGCCAUUUCUGUCAAGAACGGCUUAAAAAUUCACAGCUUACUCUGUUCCAUCAAGGCCUCUUUUUUGAGAGUAUUUUUGACUCCUAAAACCCCUCUCUCUCUUCCAACAUUCAACUAUAUAUACACAUACAUACAACCCUCCCCUCCCCAGGCCACCUCUCUCUCUCUCUCUCGAUCGAUCGAUCGACCAUGGAAGCGUUGGAGGAACUCAUGGGUGACGCCCACAUAAUUAAAGGCAAGCGAACCAAGCGACAGAAGCUUCAAUCCCCUAUCCCCUUCUCGAUCGCCACUUACGAUUCACAGGGCGGAGAUGGAGAAAAUGCUUAUUCUUCGGCUGAAUUGGCUGAGAGUGCGACGACGGAGGAGGAGGAGGAAGACAUGGUGGCGAAUUGCCUGAUUCUUCUGGCUCAGGGCGGCUCGGUGGACAUGAAAUCGUCGAGACCAGGAAAUUGCCGUGACCACGGGAUCACCACGGGAUUCAGGUACACGAGUAAGAGGUUUUUGGAGGCACCGUCGACGGGUAGCGGCAAGGUGGGGAUGUAUGUUUACCAAUGCAAGACGUGUGACCGGACUUUUCCUUCUUUCCAAGCGUUGGGGGGCCACAGGGCUAGCCACAAGAGGCCUAAACCGGCCCCGGUGGAGGUGAAGAGGAAGACGAUGUUGUGGACCGAUGAUGAAGGAGGAGAAGAAGAAGAAGGAGAAAUCAAGGAUCACGCCUCGCCUUCCCUUUCUCUCCAAUUGGUCAAUAGGCCGAAUGGGAAUCCAAAAUCCUCGCCGAAGGUUCAUGAGUGCUCAAUUUGUGGCGCAGAGUUCGCGUCAGGACAAGCAUUGGGGGGUCAUAUGAGGCGUCAUCGAAUACCCGGAGGAACCAACACGACAUUGUCAUUGAGUCCAUUGAGUCCAAUUGGGUGUGAGUAUGAGGAUCGGGAAGCCAAGAAGCAGAAAAACGCGUUGUCAUUGAGUCCUUUGAGUGCAAUCAGGGGCGAGUCAGAGGAUCAAGAAGCCAGGAAGCAAAGAAUUGUGAUGUCAUUGGAUUUGGAUCUCAACCUUCCUGCCCCUCUAGAGGAUCAAGUGGGAGAAUCAAAGUUCGCCUUUGCCUCCAAAGAACAACCGCAGCAGCAGCAGCAGCAGCAACAACAACAACUACAACCACCGCCUCUCGUGUUGUCCACCGGCCCCACUUUGGUGGAUUGUCAAUACUGAGGAGGUUUAUUUUUUUCCCUCCUCCUCUUUUGUACCGCGAGACUCAAUCGUAAUUUCAAGAGUCAUUCACCAUUCUUUACGAUUUUUUAUUCAAAAGUCAUAAACGAGAGCCUUGUAUACUGAAUUGAUCGGAUUCUUUUUUAACACCUUGAUGUAAUUUAAAACACAAUUGGAGUUAAAAAUUCUUGAAUUCUUUGUCA